AUGAACACAUCAAAUACUUCCGUGAUCUUCGUUGAUGACAUCACUGAGAAGUUAGUUCACGAUGUUGAUGCAGCUGCCGAUCUUGAUAUGAAUAUUCAGCGCUCAUUUUAUCCAGCUAUUACAUCAACCCAAGAAAUUCCUGAGGACCUGCAAAACUUAGAAUUGGAUGAAAAUCCAAUCGGUAUGAGCUCCCAGGAGUAUUUGGACUCCCAAUUACGACGGAAUGUGGAAGAAGAAUCGUUCGCCUGGAUGCUUACAGCCUUUGGACAACCAAUAGAGGUGGAAACCAUACCGGACUUCCCUGACGAUGACAGCCAACCGCCGGUUUUUCGAAGGGGAGGUUCCAAGUUCAUCAUGGAAUCUCUGUUGACCAGUUGUGAUCACAACUUUGUGGAGUAUUUCCGAAAAGUUCCCGACAAAGUGGAUAUCUAUACAUUUCGUGUGGUGAAACUGGUAUCAACCUUUACCAUCGAUGUAGCUGUGAGGGUCCUGAAAACGAAAAGAGUGAUGUACAGGGUGGACAACUUGGAUGGCUGUCAGUUUCUCACAAAUCCCCUGAUGAAUCGCGUUUUCGGCUCUGUGUACAAGCGACUAAUCGUGAAUGGUACCUUUUUUAGCUGUCCUAUAAAGCCGGGAGUAUAUUUUCUCAAGAAUGAGGGAUCUGUGGCCAUGUUGCCCACUUUUCACCCACCUGGAAGAUAUCAGAUCACCAUGCGAGUCAGGGUGCAUGAAAGCCGAGCCCCCUUUGUAAUGGAGAUGCUCUGGAUAUAUAAUGUAGUUCGUAUAAAGUAA